UGAGAACAUUGACCUCAAAGAUAAAGUCUAUGAGGUUAUAAUCCAAUAGCUUCACAGCAGCUACCUUCUUAAGAAGGCGUCACAGCUUGAACCAGUGACCAUUCAAAUCUUUUGUCACAUAUCGCCUUCUCUUCUAUUCAGAUUGAAGGUCGCAGUUGAUGUCUUCGAUGGGUCCUCCUGCUGAUGAAAAUCUUGAAAUAAAACAGGUUGAUCUGAGAAGUAUGUCAUCUUCUUCACAUGGUCAGGCACCACAAGCCCACAAAGUGGCAAUUCCUCCAAGACAGAACCUCUUCAACGAAUUCAAAGACACUAUAAAAGAAACAUUAUUUGCUGAUGAUCCUCUAAGACCCUUCAAAGAUCAAACUAAAUCAAAGAAGCUCAUCCUCGGUAUUGAGGCCAUAUUCCCAAUACUUAAUUGGGGGAGAAGUUACAACCUUAAAAAAUUUAAAGGGGAUAUAAUAUCUGGUCUCACUAUUGCUAGUCUUUGCAUUCCUCAGGAUAUUGGAUACGCCAAGCUUGCAAAUUUGCCUCCACAGUAUGGACUGUACUCCAGUUUUGUUCCACCACUGAUCUAUGCUGUCAUGGGUAGCUCUCGUGAUAUUGCUAUUGGACCGGUGGCAGUGGUUUCUCUCUUGUUGGGGACCUUACUUAGUAAUGAGAUUGAUCCUAAAACACAUGCAGAAGAAUAUCGGCGACUAGCUUUUACAGCCACUUUUUUUGCUGGGAUUACUCAAGCAACGCUUGGUAUACUUAGGCUUGGAUUCUUGAUUGACUUCCUAUCCCAUGCUGCUAUCGUGGGUUUUAUGGGGGGUGCUGCUAUCACAAUUGCCCUUCAGCAGCUUAAGGGUUUCCUUGGCAUUAAAACUACUCAGUUCACAAAGAACACUGAUAUUGUCUCUGUGCUGCAUUCAGUAUUCUCAACAGCCCAUCACGGAUGGAACUGGCAAACUAUAGUAAUCGGAGCUAGCUUUUUGGGUUUUCUUCUGUUCGCCAAAUAUAUUGGAAAGAAAAACACCAGAUUCUUCUGGGUGCCAGCAAUUGCUCCAUUGAUAUCCGUUAUCUUGUCCACUUUUUUUGUAUACAUAACCCGUGCAGAUAAGCAAGGAGUAGAAAUUGUAAGAAAAAUAGAAAGAGGAAUCAAUCCAUCAUCAGUUAAAGAACUUUAUUUAAGCGGUGAAUACCUUGGAAAAGCUUUUAAAAUUGGCAUCGUGGCAGGCAUGAUAGCAUUGACUGAAGCCACAGCAAUUGGAAGAACAUUUGCAUCUAUGAAGGACUAUCAACUGGAUGGAAACAAAGAAAUGGUAGCAUUAGGAGCAAUGAAUGUUGUUGGUUCGAUGACUUCGUGUUAUGUAGCAACUGGUUCUUUCUCUCGGUCAGCAGUAAACUACAUGGCUGGCUGCCAAACUGCAGUCUCCAAUAUAGUGAUGUCAGCAGUUGUGUUCUUAACCCUGGAAUUCAUCACUCCUCUUUUUAAGUACACUCCAAAUGCCAUUCUUGCUGCCAUCAUCAUUUCUGCUGUCAUCAACCUUGUAGACUAUGAAGCAGCAAUUUUGAUUUGGAAGAUAGAUAAAAUUGAUUUUAUUGCUUGCAUGGGUGCAUUUCUUGGGGUUGUUUUUCACUCAGUUGAGAUAGGACUUCUGAUUGCUGUCUCCAUAUCCUUUGCAAAGAUUCUACUACAAGUCACAAGGCCCCGAACUGCUAUUCUGGGGAAGAUUCCUAGGACAACUGUCUAUAGAAACAUCCAACAAUAUCCAGAAGCUAGUAAGGUUCCUGGUGUACUGAUUGUAAGAGUCGAUUCUGCAAUAUAUUUCUCCAACUCCAAUUAUGUUAAAGAAAGGACAUUAAGAUGGCUGAUGGAUGAAGAAGAAAAAGUGAAAGGAGACUACCGCACAAAAAUCCAGUUUCUGAUAGUUGAAAUGUCACCUGUUACUGACAUCGACACAAGUGGCAUCCAAGCCUUUGAAGAGUUACACAGAAGUCUUGAGAAGAAGGGUGUUGAGCUUGUUCUUGCAAAUCCUGGUCCAGCAGUGACAGACAAGCUUUAUGCAUCCAAAUUUGCGAACAGAAUUGGCGAGGACAAGAUCUUCCUAACUGUUGCAGAGGCCGUUGCAUACUGUUCUCCAAAGGUGGUUGAGGACCCUUGAUAAAUUCUAUGAAUUUCGGAGAAAAAUGUUGUGGGAGUAGAGACCAACGACUUUGGGCUUUGUAGUAGUUAUCUAGUCGAGGAUAUGAAGGAUGAGAUGAGAUGAGAUUGUCGCUACAAAAAGCUAGUAGAAGUGGUCUAUCUGAUACUUGUGUCAUACUGCUACAGCAACUUAGUGCGCUAGCUCGGGAUCCUUAUCCUAAAGUGGGAAAAAUAAAAAAUAAUUAAACAAAAAGGAUUUGUGUAUAUUAUAAAUCUUUGUCACAUGAGAUAAAAGAAGAAAAACAAUAUAGGUACAUGGUAAGAUGUAAUUUUAUAGGAAGAGAAGGAUAUAGAGAUAAACACCAAGUGGCAUUGUGGUGUUUGGAGUAGACAUGUGUUGUUAUUCGAAAAUAAAAGAGACAAAAUUAAGGUGCACCGGUUGUGCACUUCGAUAAGCAUUAA